GGUAACGUUUUGGCGCACUCGGUCUGCUUAUCAACGCCCUCUAUUGGAUUCUACUCGCUCUUUGUUUGUUCCUUCUACGUGCGUGACCAACCACCCCAGCGAUCCAACCCAGUCGUCAUUUCAAUUGUACCGUUAGCCAUGAUGCUAUCGCAGCGCUCGGGCGUUGCCGCGAAGGCUCACGCGUCAACUGCUCGCGCCAUCAACCCCAACGCUGUGGCAUCACUUGCGGCUAGCGCACGCGGCGGCCCCGCCAGCACCAGCAGCUUCGGCGCCGCAGGACUUGCCCGCGCCUCGCCCGCGCGUCGCGGGCUUGCGCAGGGCGGGAGCGCGGCUGCACGCCGCGCCCGCCGCAGCGUCACGGUGACGCGCGCGGCCACCCAGCAGACCGAGAAGCCAACCGCCGCGGCCAACGGCACCCCCGCAACCGCCACCAACGGUAACGGUGGCGGCAAGGCGGUUGCGCCCCAGGCGCCGUACAACGUGGUUAUCACCGGCUCCACCAAGGGCAUCGGCCGCGCGCUGGCCGAGGACUUCCUGCGGGCGGGCGACCGCGUGGUGGUCUGCAGCCGUACCGGUGACCGGGUGUCUGAGACGGUGGCUGAGCUGGCAGCGCAGUACGGCGCUGACCGAGUCAAGGGUCUGGCGGUGGACGUGUCUGCCCCCGGUCAGGCGCGGCAGCUGGCGGACUUUGCGGCGCAGGAGCUCGGGCGCGUGGACAUCUGGAUCAACAACGCCGGCACCAACGCCUACCGCUACGGCCCCAUGGCCGAGUCCACCGACGAGGAGCUGAGUCAGAUCGUGGGCACCAACGUGCUGGGCGUCAUGCUGUGCUGCAAGGAGGCCAUCCGCGUGAUGCGCAGCCAGAGCACGCACGGCCACAUCUUCAACAUGGACGGCGCGGGCGCGGACGGCAACGCCACGCCGCGCUUCGCCGCGUACGGCGCCACCAAGCGCUCGCUGGCGCAGCUGGGCAAGAGCCUGAGCGCGGAGCUGGGCAUGCUGGGCAUCAAGAAUGUGGCUGUGCACAACCUGUCGCCAGGCAUGGUCACCACCGAGCUGCUCAUGGCGGGCGCCAACACGCCCACCGCCAAGUUCUUCAUCAACUGCCUGGCCGAGCCCGCCGCCGACGUGGCCUCCUUCCUGGUCCCCCGCAUCCGGGCCGUGCCUGCUACAGCCGCCAGCCCGCUGACCGGCGCGCUACAGCCGGUCUACAUCCGCUUCCUCACACAGGGCAAGGCGCUGCAGCGGGUGGCGGCGCGGCUGCUGACGGGCUCGCGCAAGAGCCGCUACGUGGAGGAGUGAGGCGGCAGAGCGAGGCGGCCGAGUGAGGCGGAGGAGUGAGGCGGCAGAGUGAGGCGGCAGAGUGGGGCAGGCGGCCGAGUGAGGCGGACGAGUGGAUCUGCCGAGUGAGGGAGCUGGCCGUGACGGGAAAGGGGGCGAUCGAGGGCGGGGGCCGGUGGCGGACGAUGGAGGGGGCCAGAUGAGCGGGGGAAAGGGCGGCGGCAGCGUCGUGGAUGAGCUGGGGUGGGGAGUGGGGGCGAUGAGGCAGGGUAAGGGGCGGGUCGGCGUGGUCCCGUACUGUGCAGCGUAUUCCCAGAAACCCACGAGCGAGUGGGAACCAGUGACGGGAGCGGCGGCGGCGUAAAUACCGGCCCAAACUGAACCAAACCAGCGGAGCACAAUCAGCACAGGUAGAGGCGACAGUUGCAAGGGGGUUGCUGCGUGGAGCCACGGCCGUGGCCUUGUGUGUACCGUGUACCGUGCAGUGCAGGCGUGCGGGGGAGCGGGAGGCCAGGACAGGCCAGGGGCUGGGGGAGGCUGACUGGCUGAGGCAGGCCACGGCUGUGGCGCAGCUGGGGGCGGGGAUGCUGGGGCACGGCGUCCCCCAGGCGGGCCGUGUGACUGAAUAUUGGCGCGGCACGUGAUACAGCACAAUGGUUUCCACACAUUCUUGUGUUGGAUCAGGGAUACUUGGUGGUAUAAAACGGAAUGGUGAUGCCAUUGGAUGCACUUUGAUGGCUUGCGGCGUGAAUGGCAGCUGACUGUAUUGACAAGGCAGUGAGGUCUGGGGCUGGGAAGCUGGAUGAACGAAUGCUCG